AUGAAAACAAAAACGUUUGCCUGUUUCUUUGAUAUUGAUGGAGUAAUAACAAAAGGAGCUAAUUUUAUUGCUGCUGCUAAACCGGCCAUACAGAAAUUAGUUCAACAAAAAAUACCUGUUAUCUUCGUCAGCAAUGCAUGUAUGCUAGAAAGUGAAAAAGCACGUCAGUUAUCCUUAUUAUUAGGUGUCAAUAUUCGUCCUGAACAAAUAGUACUUAGUCAUACUCCGAUGAGAAGUUUAACCAAUUUUCAUUCAAAACAUGUACUUAUAUCUGGACAAGGAAAUUGUGAAGAAAUAGCUCGCCUUACUGGUUUCAAAAAUAUAACUACUGUUGAUAGAGUAUGUGAAUCGUUUCCAGAACUUGAUAUGGUGAAUCAUUCUCAUCGAACUCAGCUGAGCGAAAUGAUCAAAACACAAGGUUUAGUACGCGAUGAAAAUUUUCGUCCAAUUGAUGCUAUUGUUUUGUUUGGUGAACCUACUAAUUGGGAAAGUUCAUUACAAGUCAUAACCGAUCUACUUCUAACAAAUGGAAAUCCUUCUGUUUUACCAAAUGAAAUUCCUUCUCCACAUAUUCCAAUCAUCGCCUGUAAUAAAGACCUUGUAUUCAAAGCAACAGCUGAUAUUCCUCGAUUUGGACAUGGAGCAUUUCUAACAUGUUUGGAAGCAUUGUAUAAGAAUUUAACAGGAAGUGAUUUGCAUUAUACAGAAUUCGUUGGAAAACCGUUUGGAAUCACGUAUGAAUAUGCCGAAAUUGUUGCUAAUACUUUAUCGGUGAGAAAUGGUCAUGAAUUAAUUGAAAAAAUAUAUUUCAUUGGUGAUAAUCCUGAUGUUGAUAUAUUAGGAGCAAAUGCCUACAAUGAACAGUUAAAGAUGCGAAAUGUCGAUGGUUUAUUGAGCGCAAAAGAAUGUGAAUCAAUAUUAGUAUGUACAGGUGUCUAUGAUCCUUUGAAAAAAAAUAUUGAUACCAAAAAUGUGUUAAAAAAGCCAAAAGUCAUUGAAAAUGAUGUAU